AUGCCUGGUGUCAAGACCGCCCAACUCUGGAGCAAGUCCAAGGCCGACUUGGCCAAGCAGCUCGAGGAGCUGAAGACUGAGCUUGCCGCCCUCAAAGUCCAAAAGAUUGCCGGUGGUGCCAGCUCGAAGCUCACUAAGAUCCACGAUGUUCGCAAGUCGAUCGCCCGUGUUAUGACCGUUGUCAAUGCUACCCAGAGACAUCAACUCCGCCUUUUCUACGAAAAGAAGAAGUACGUCCCAUUGGACCUUCGACCAAAGCAGACCAGGGCCAUCCGAAGACGCCUUACCCAGCACGAGUCUUCGUUAAAGACUGAGAAGCAGAAGAAGAAGGAAACUCACUUCCCUCAGAGAAUAUAUGCCAUUAGGGUACGGCUCAACUACUCCAAUAUGCUGUCCCGCCUUGCGAGACUAGCGACUUUGAAUUGA